GAAAAAUUCCCUUGUUUCUGAGCUGCUUUAUCCCGCAGGCUACACAAACAACCGACUGGGCGAGUCUGUGCUGAGCAGGGACAACACACACCGAACAGAGCCGCUGUUAUCCGCCUAAGCUAGCACCACGAACUCUGUUCAUCAGCAAACAUGAAUUUCUUUCUGGAAACACUUCAAGUCCUCCUUCUGUCCAUCUGGUACAACCUGGAGUCUUUAAUCUACUGCUUCCUGCCCAAGAAGAAGAAGAACAUAUCCGGCGAGAUUGUGCUGAUUACGGGGUCGGGCAGCGGGAUCGGACGCCUCAUGGCUCAGGAGUUUGCGGCUCUCAACACAGUGCUGGUGCUGUGGGAUAUUAACCAGGACGGGAUGAAGGAAACGGCUCGCCUCGCUAAGCAGAGCGGAGCCAGCAGAGUUCACUACUACCUGUGUGACUGCAGUGAUAAGAACGAGGUGUACAGAGUGGCUGACCAGGUGAAGCGGGAGGUGGGCGACGUCAGCAUCCUGGUGAACAACGCUGGGAUCGUGACAGGAAAGAAGUUCAUGGAUGCUCCUGAUUCUCUGAUUGAGAAGACAGUGGAGGUCAACACCAUGGCUCACUUCUGGACCUACAAGGCCUUCCUUCCUGCCAUGAUCGCUAACAAUCACGGCCACCUAGUUAGUAUCGCCAGCUCUGCCGGACUCAUAGGAGUCAAUGGAUUGGCAGACUACUGUGCCAGUAAGUUUGCAGCUGUAGGUUUUGCAGAGUCAGUUGGUCUGGAACUGCUGGCAACUGGGAAAGAUGGCGUCAAGACCACCAUUGUGUGCCCUUACUUCAUCAACACUGGAAUGUUUGAUGGAUGUCAAACUAAAUGGCCAUCACUGCUGCCAAUCCUGAAGCCAGACUACGUAGCCAAGAAGAUCAUCGACGCUAUCCUCACAGACCAGGUCUUCCUGCUGAUGCCCAGGAGCCUGUACCUCAUUACUGGUCUCAAGAACAUCCUUCCCAUGAAGCAGGGCAUUAUGCUGGGCGAGUACCUGGGAGCCUUCAACCUUAUGGACACAUUCAGGGGCCGCAGAAAGCAGGAGUGAAUGAAGACAGAGGAGAAGGAAAGGUGAAGAGGAGGAUGACUAAAAUGGAAGGAGACAUGGAGCAUUAAAAAGAUCCGUUUUUAAUCUUGAUCUUCACUGUGUUGAGGAGUCCAGGUCAGAGGUCGGAUUUGAAUGCUUCUCUAACGUCAAUGAUUCAUACUUGAACACGCAUAAUUGAAUGACCAUUAAUCACUGUAUAUCAUACUGUAUUAUCCAUGUUUUAUGCAUUCAUAUCCUUAAAUUACACUAUAUUUAGAUCUUAUUGAUAAUUGUUAGUAAUUGAAGCAACCAAUAUAUGUUGCCAUGGAUGAUGAGGUGAUAGAAAGGAGCCCUCCUCAUUUUUGUAUAGGAAUUUUAAUGUUAAGUGUGAUGAAUGUAAGCAAGUGCUGCCAAGGGCUUCCU